AUGGGAAGCCUCGGCGAGACGUCGGCGCUGCCGUACUGGCAGGUCAACGUCCCUCCUGAGAGCCGCACGGACGAGUGCCCGGAGGGGCUUCGCAACCUCUCGGCCAAGGAUGUGGGGAUCCUGCGCACUCCGGACGGCGCGUACCGUCCACAGACGUGGGACGAGGUCCGCCGGCUUGUGGCGACGAACCGCCUCGACCUGUUCCAGCGCGUGCCGUCGGAGCUCAGGCGGUACCGGCUUUUCAUUCACCACCUGAUCAAGGAGCACGGGAGCGUCAUGAACUUCGUCUUGGGACACCGGCUUGGGUGGCAGGAGCCGCUCGUGGCCCGCGGGAAGCCGUUUGAGACGGAGGCCGAUUGGAAGGUGUUGUACAACGACUGGCCAUAUGGGAUCGAUGAGCGGAUUGUUCACCUUGUGGUCUGGACCAAGUUCGAACUAGAGGAGGACGCAGCUACGGGAGACCUGACGGAGGGGGCGAGGGGGGAGAUUGAGGCCUUUGUGGACAAGACGUUCCGAGCGAGCACGGGGCCUGACACGGUCAUUUGGUUCAAGAACUGGCGGAGCCUCAAGUCCGUCCAUGCCGUCGAGCACUUCCACGUCAUGCUCUUCGACCCCGACCCCGAGUUCAUCCGGGAGGUUACCAACAGGGAUGUUCCGCAAUGUGACAAGUUUGAGGCAUAA